UGAAGCUUGUGGGCUUUGUGCGCAACAACCCCAUGACCGACCGCUUCGACGUGCAUAAGUUUCACCACAUCAAGUUCUACUGCGCAGACGCCACCAAUGCAUCUCGCCGCUUCGCUUGGGGUCUAGGCAUGGCCCAGAUUGGCAAGUCCGACCAGUCCACGGGCAACCACGUGUCGGCCAGCUACGUCAUUCAGAGCGGAGAAGUCAAACUGGUGUUCACGGCCCCGUACGCGCUCGAGACGGAGAAGGCGCCCGACGCCGUGAGUUCCAUUUCUGGUUACGACCCGGAGUUCGCACAGAUGUUCGUGAUGAAGCACGGCCUGGCCGUGCGUGCCGUGGGAAUUCUCGUCGGAGAUGCUAAGGCCGCGUACGAACUUUCCGUGCAGAACGGUGGUGUGGGUGUGGUGGAACCCCAGACACUGACUGACAAAGAGUCGGGCAAGACGACAACCGUGUCGGAAGUGAAGCUUCGGGAUAAUCAACGCAGCACGGUGUCUGUCACACGAAACGCUCAGAUUUUAGUUGAGGUUACGUUAUGUUCGAGUCGACACCCAAAAUGA